AUGAGGUUGGCCGCUGGUGCAGGGACAUGCUUGUUAGGAUGCUUCCUGGCAUGCCAGAUCACCGUUCUCCCCGCAACUGAAGUUCCUAAAGCACCAGCAGCGUCCUUCGAUCCUCGAAAAGAAUUUCAUCACAUCCCGCUGAAACACUCAGAGGAUGUCGGUUGGGAUGGAGGAAACGUCAAGUACUCAUGGCAGGAUGUAUCGCCCGACCGGAGGAUCUUGUAUGUUGGUGUAUCUUCCUUGGACGACAACACUACGGACGUGUCAGAGAACAGCGAGGAUAAGGAGGAGCACGACAACACAACCUUUUCGAUGGUGGAUGAGUUUCCAUAUCGCCUUGAGUUCACAGGAGACAUCGAGACAGUGAUCCAAGAGCUUGAGAACAAGGUUGGGCCAGCCCCAGUUCAUAUUCUGACCGAGGAGGAGAUGCAGUCUCGCAUGAUUGCUGCCAAUUUCUCGGAAGCAGACUACCUCUACGACAAGGAUCAUGGAUACCCCUCCUAUCAAGCUUCUUCUCCGACCCCUUACCCUAUCCUGCCGCCUCCCGAUGCUUCGGAACUUGCUCUGAUGUUUGCUGGUGCGACCAAAUAUUCCCCGCGGGAGGAGCUGAAACUGUCGAACCGGGCGAGGAUAGAGUCUGAGGUCUUCGUGCAGGACCCUAUCUUGGACGAGGACGAGUGCCGCUGGGAAGUGAAGGACAGGAACAUCGAGUUCGAGUUCGAGCCCAAAGAUGUGCCUCGUCCGGGGUAUGGAUACCUAAAGCUGUGGCACGACUUCAACACCACAUCCGAGCUCAUAAGGACCAAGAAGCUGAGCAAGGAGCAUCAAGACAUGCUGACACAGGCACAGUUGGAGCUUGUCUUCAACUAUAACUCCUCUCGUCCUCCCCGCGAACCUGCAGCUCGUCGACCAGGAGCAGGACCAAACAUCGACAUCUCCCUGCUCCAAGCGCAUGCCAGCAAGGCAGUGAGCGAGGGAAUGGCACGCGAGGCCUGCCCUCUGGACUUGCCAGGGUUGAUGCUCAGACAAGACAACGUGAAGGGUUUCCUCGAGCUCGCAAAAUUUCACUGGAAACAGCAGGAGGAUAUCGAGAUGGCUGAGAGAUACUUCCGACAGGCUGUCAUGUGCGAUCCAGAGGAUUUUGACAUGAAGUUAGAAUAUGGGAUGUACCUCAUGGAUGCGAAGUUCGAUUACAUGGCAGCUCAGGCGCUUUUUUUAAGUGUGCUGGAGAAAUAUCCCAAGACUGGGUAUGCUCUAAUCGGACUGGCGGAAUGUAUAAUGAAUUUGGAGCAAGAUUUCCAGAGAGCGCAUGAUAUUCUUUAUGACGUGUUCUACAAUAGCAAACUGUACGGACAUUAUCCACGAGCCUUCACUCUCCUCGCCAAGUGCGUGCAAGAACUCUGCCCUGACAACAAAGUUUUGAUAUGCAUGUUCUUGCUCCGACGGGCUCUGUCGUGGUGCAGCGAUUACGAGCCUGCCAUGGCAGCUUUUGGGUGUCUUCUUGUGCAAUCAGAAGAAGGGGAAGUGAAGGACGCACUUGCUCAACUGAAUCAGACGGAGGAGAUUGAGUCACGAGCAAUCUCGUUUUCUCCCAUGUAUCAUCUCUCGCAGGUUCUUGUCAAUGCUGUGAAAAUUCUGCGGAAAAGAAAGUGGACCUGGAAGAGUUGGAAGCAUAGAAGUCAACUAGGUCACUACUUCUAUGUGUUGGACUUGGAUCUCUCUGACUCCUCCUCUCCCUCUGCUAUCUUGUCAGAUCCCAAAGUCUGUAACCGGCACGUCUUUAGAGCCUACGCAGACUUGCUGGUCCGUGAGGGAAAGCGAGAGGAUCUUGUGCUUGCCGAAGCCAUAGCAAGAGAUUUCAUGUCGCUUGCUCUCCUCGAAGACUCCUUGGACGCCCGUUGCUUGCUUGCAGUUGUGCUCAAGGUCAACUUCUCGAGAUCCGAACAGCAACCAUUGAAGCACUUCAAGCUCGAAGUGGAGAACUUGUUGAUGACUGUAUUGUACAAGCAACCUGAUCAUGAUUGGGCCCUUGAGCUUUUCGACAGUUUAGACUUAUGA